CAGACCAAUGUCAAGUCAAAUCUGGAUCAUCAUGGCCGUUAUAGCGCUGUGUUGCGUCUGCUCGUCGCUCCUGACCACAGGCGGAGGAUUUGGACUCUACCAGUACAACAAGACCCACUCGACAACACCAUGGUCCUGCGUCUACGUCCCGACCAUCAAGAUGUAUACUGUUGCACGCAUCAACCAGAACAACGCCGAGUGCAUGUACAACACCGGUGGUAAUGGCUGUUACUACUUCCCAGUGAAUCCGGGUGCAGCCACCGGCGACGGUAGU